GUGCAAGAGGCCUACAGAGAGCUGCUGGAGCAGCGUGCCCAACUUCAGCGGAAGGUGCAGAACCUGCUCCACUCGCAGUCUUUCCCAUCUCCGCUGGCGGGUCAAGUCUACGGCCCCAUGGAUCCGGACCAGCCCCACAUCCGCCGCUAUAGGCGCUACUGGAUGGAGCAGACGCGGCCGAGUCGGCCGCAGGAGACCCCCAGAGAGGUAACAACUCCUAGGGAGGCGUUGCUUCUGGCGCAGCAGGAAGUUGAGGCAUCAUGGAGUGCCUCAGCACCUCAGGUGCCAUCGCAGCAACGCGUUGCUCAGAUGCCUCCUGCACAGCCUUUGCAGCCCGUAGCAGCUCAGCCGGUUGAUGAGCCUCGAGCGGCGCCACCUCAGCCAGUUCGACGCACUCAGCCUGCUCAACCUGCUCUACCUGGUCAGCCGCCACAGUCUCGACACCCAGAACCACCACAAAGACUGUACCAACGCUUGCAGCUGCUGCAACAGAACCAGCAAUGCCAACCUGAGAAGCCUGAGGGGCAACCUCCGCAGCCACAGCAACGCCAGCCACAACCGCAGCAACAGCAACAAGCGCAACAGCCGCCUCGGCAAGAUCAGCCAUCCCAGCAACCGCCCCAGCCUCAGACACGACCACAGCCACCUGUACAGCCGCCUCAAUCUCAGCAGCCAGUCCCUCGGCUGGCGCACCAGCCAUUUCAGCCUGAAGCCCAGUACUACACGCCUCAAGAGCCGCGAGCGCUGCAUCCUCCGCGGCCUCUGGAAGCACCGCAAGCGCCACCAGCGCCGCCGCAAGCGCCGCAGCAAGCGCAGCGGACAGCAUACCCAUCGCGGCAGCCUGAGGUUGCUGAGCUGCAGCUGCCUCAACAAAUGCCUGCUGACAGAAGAUCAGCAGAGGAAUUCAAUGCAAGGCAGAGCUCCCCUUCUCCAUUCACGGUAGAG